UCGUCUUCCCAACUGGCCCCUCCGAGUCUCCGGCCAUCCCAUCCUAGAAACAAGCGCCGAGGCCACAACCACCGCGCGGCCACACCUCCGGCGAUCCAUGUCCGGCGGUGGGUGCAGCAUCCGCGCAAUCUGGAUCCUCACGCCAAACGACGCGGUUGCCUUCUCCAGGCGGUUUGCAGUGGUGGAGAAGCGGUGGCGGGUCGCGUGGGAGGCGGAGGGGGCGGGGAAGGGCGCGGAGAUGCCGCUGCCGGCGGACUACGAGGUCGCCGCCGCGUUUGCCAACCGCCGGAGAAGGGAAGGCACGGCCCGUGGCUCUGGUAUCCGCACAAGCUUAUCAUCUAUUGGAUCGGAUUCCUGGGUCGAUGAUCCAAUCACUCGUCACAUUAUAUCCCUUCAGAUUGACAAAGAGGAAGGGGGUGGGUUUAUGCUGUGGCCAGUAGUUCUUCAGAAACGUGGAAGCUAUUAUGUCCUUGUGCUGCCUCUGGUGGAUCCUCAGUCAUUUAAUGCGUUUGAGAGCCUACUGAAAAGACCUGAUUGCGGGAGUUCAGCAAAAGAGAAUGGCAAUCUUUCUUCCAUUCUGCUCAAUCUUCCGUGCAUAACAGGGGCCUUUAUGGUUGCGAAUGUUAUUGGCGACAUAAUUACUGGUGAUGUUGCUGAACCAGAGGUGAUCGUUAGUUCAGGCCCCUCUGUUGGUGGACUGUUAGAUUCAUUGACUGGAAGCAUAGGCAUUACAGCCCGGUCAAAACCUAUCGCUGCGCCUGUUGCAGCCCCAGUUGCAUCAGUUUCCUCGCCUGUAGGUGCUGCUCAGUCAGACUCUUUAAAAGGUGGUAUAAGACCUUUUGACAAGGAAUUACUACGAAGCUUCAUCAUUGGUGCCAUGCCUUUUGGCACACCUCAGGAUCUUAAUUAUGGCAAUGUUUCUUCGAUUAGAACAACUGGGUAUUCAGCUGAUCCUCUUCCGACAGACCAGAAGCAACCUGCCUGGAAACCUUACCUAUAUAAAGGGAGGCAACGGACUCUCUUUUCUAGCCUGGAGACUAUAAACGCUGCACUAUAUGACCGUGAUGAUGUGCCAGAUUUCCUUUCUGUUUCGGGUCAACUAACCUGUAGGGCUGAACUCGAAGGGUUACCUGAUGUUUCUUUGCCACUGACUGGGUUAAAAACUGCCCGUGUGGAGGUAUCAUCAUUCCACCACUGUGUUCAAGCUUCAGAGCCUACUGGUGAUAAGCAAUCUCUGCUAUUUCAACCACCACUAGGAAAUUUCGUUUUGAUGCACUAUCAAGCUCCAUGCAACAUCAAUCCACCUGUGAAAGGGUUCUACCAGUUGUCUAUGGUAUCUGAGAAUGAAGGUGCUUUUCUAUUUAAGCUGAGACUGAUGGAGGGUUACAAGUCCCCGUUUCUUAUGGAAUUUUGCAUGGUUACAAUGCCAUUUCCUCGAAGAAGAGUUGCAUCAUAUGACGGAAAUCCAUCAGUUGGGACGGUUUCAAUGACAGAACAUUUAAUUGAGUGGAGAAUUGUUUCAAGUGGCCGGGGCCUCAGUGGUAGGAGCAUUGAAGCUACCUUCUCUGGUACUGUUAAAUUUCAUCCUAGAACAACGCAACGAGUAAAUUCAUCAUUUCGGUCGGUCGUGACCACUGCAUUUGCUGAAGAUAGUGAUUGUGAGGAAGAUAACGCUAAGAAUGGUGCCAACUUGGAUGACUACCUCAUGGAAAAAAUGAACAAAGACCUUCAAGCAGUUGACUUGGAAGAGCCAUUGUCUUGGCAGGCUUAUAAUUAUGCUAAGGUGUCUUUUAAGAUAGUUGGUGGUACCCUGUCUGGUCUUAUAAUCGACCCAAGAUCUGUAACCGUUUACCCUUCUGUCAAAGCCCCAGUAGAAUACUCAAUGCAGGCCUCUUCUGGAGACUACAUACUAUGGAAUACCUUAGGAAAAUGUCCUUCCGCAGCUUUGCCAAAAGAAUUAUGAUUGGCAGUGUUCAUGGCCAGGCACAGUUUUUUGGUCCCACCAGAGCUGUGAUGGAAGUUUUCUCUUAUAGUUCUUAUAAUUCAGGAAAUAGUGUUUCAAGUGGGAAACAACAAAUCUGUACAUCAUUUUUGUCAGACAAGUUUGGUAUGCUGAUCUUAGAUUUCAUGGCUCUAUGAGAUCUCGAAUCCAUGCUCUUCUCUUAUUAGCAAUAAUUUUUCUAUACCCCCUGGAUUCUUUCCAUUGUAUCCGAAUUUGACGCUCGUUGUAAUGCUAUUUUUAUGAUCACCGCUCAAAUUCAUGGUGCGUUGAGAAGCUGGA